AUGACCAUGUUGUCUCACCUUGUCGAGCUGUACGGACAAGCGCCUACAAGCUUCAUCUUGACGCUUAUCCUCUCCAUUGUCAGUACUCUCUAUCUCAUACGACGUGCCCUCCUCCCUAAGCCGAUCCCAGGCAUCCCAUACAACAAAAAUGCAAUCAAUUCCAUCAUGGGCGACAUGCCCGAAUUCAGAGCAGCCAAGAACCGUCGCGAGUGGUGGGCACUACAAGCUGUAAAACAUCAAUCUCCCUUGGUCCAAGUUUUCAUGAAGCCGUUUGGGCUUCCCUGGGUUUUUGUAGCGGAUCAUUUUGAAGCAUCGGAUAUUUGCAUGCGACGACUCAAAGACUUUGACCGAGCGGACAUCACAAGACAGCAAUUUGGCGGGCUGACACCGCAUCAUCAAAUCACGCUCAAAACAUCAGAUCCACAGUUCAAGAGGAAUAGAGAACUGGUUCGUGAUCUGAUGUCAACUAGUUUCCUCCAACAGGCCACAGCUCCUCAAAUUCACCACAAGUUCUCGACUCUGAUGACCCUUUGGGAUCGCAAGAGACAAUUAUCUGGAGGAAGACCAUUUGACAUCUCGCACGAUAUUCACAAUGCGGCAUUCGAUAUAAUCCUGGGAGCCUCAUUUGGUGUCGAUUCUGGGCAGGGACAGAUCGGAAAAGAGCUUGACGAGCUCCGAAGCAAGACCAUGACUGGAGGAGAUGAUGACAUGUUCGAGUUUGAGCGUGUCCCAUUCUACGAUGAAGAGCUUGGCUGCUUCGAUGUUUUGAUUGAAAGUUUCAACGUUUCGAUGAGAUCGCCCUACCCACUUGUCAGCCACUUCCUUUAUCGCAACUUGUCAGCGAAGAUGAGGGAAGCCAAUGCAAUGCGCGCUAAAUUGCAAGACCGAGAGAUUGCCAAGAGCAUCGAAAGAAGGAAAAAGGGCCAACCACAACGCUGUGCUUUAGACAACAUGAUGGCUCGCGAAGACGCGAUUGCCGAGAAGGAGGGACGUAAACCUGAUUACAGAAGCCAAGCGAUUCUUAGCGAGCUACUUGGGUAUCUCGUCGCUGGUCACGAGACAACCUCAGGUGUUCUAAGAUGGGGAAUGAAGUACUUGACGAAAGAUCAGCGUGUUCAGUCGACUCUCCGUGAGGCAUUCCGCACAGGCUACGCUGAAGCACUCGAACAGAAGCGCGUUCCAACCAUGGACGAGGUUCUGAAAGCUCAUAUCCCAUACCUCGACGCUGUUAUCGAAGAGAUACUCCGCCACGCACGGGUCGCUCCCAUCACUCUUAGAGAAGCCGUUACAGAUACACAGAUUCUCGGUUACCACAUCCCUAAGGGAACUACCAUCGGCUUUCUAGGAAAUGGCCCUGGAGUCAUGAUGCCUAGUAUUCCUGUUGAUCCCAAGAAGAGAUCCGAAGCUUCUCAAGCACACGUGAACAAGAUGGAACUUUUUGACGAAUCGAACAUUUCCCAAUUCGUUCCAGAGAGGUGGCUCACUACACAGACUAACGAGAAGGGAGAAAAGGUUACCAUUUUCGAUCCCAACAACGGUCCUCAGCAAGCGUUUGGCCUGGGGCCUCGUGCAUGCUUUGGAAAGAAAUUGGCAUAUAUGGAGAUCAAGGCCUUCUUUACGUUUGUGUUCUGGGAAUUCAAGUUGGAGCCAGUAAAGGCUGAGUUGGCAACGGAUGAAGAGAUGGUAGCGUUGACGAGAGCGCCGAAGAAUGUUUAUGUCAAGUUGACAAAGGUUGAAUGUUGUGGAUAG